CUGCAAACAUUUGAACAUCAGAUGACACCCUUUAGAUUUGGAUGGACAGUUUAACUACUAUCAAAAUAGCGCGAUUUGAUCGAAAUUUUCGCAACCAAUCGCCACUUAACGCGGAAAAGUCUGACAGUGCAAAUAUAUGAAGAGAUCGGAUUAAUAAAGGGAGAGAGUCGAAAGGAGACAUUGUAUAUAACUUACAGUCACUAGAAACAUUACUUUGGGUGGGAAAAAUCACAUGUUGUGAAAGCAUCAUGAAAUUUGUGACCCUCUUCUUGGAAUAAAAAAGAAAUGACAUUAUCUCCAGCACGGCUGUUUAAAAAUCGGUGGCCAGCGAAAGGACUUCGUGACAAUUGAUGUAAAAUGAUGGAAGGUCUGUCGGAGAGUGAUCUUCAGUGGCUGGAAGAUUACAUCAAAUCUCAGGAAAACAUCAAUUCUACUUCGAAAGAUAGGCAAAAUGGCGCCGCGUUUUCAUUUGGACUUAACUUCCAAGAGUUUCACGACACUGAUAUCUCCUUGCCUGUUUUCGGAUACGUUACGCCGAUUUUAUGCUUGGUGGUCCUAGUGACCAAUGUGCUGUUUGUGGUGGUGUUCUCUAAACUGAAAAUGAACUCCCCGACACAUUUCGUGCUCCGAUGCAUCGCCAUUGUUGAUACCCUGACCAUCCUUCUUCCCACGCCAAUGUAUGUAUACGUUUACAGUCUGAUGAACUACAGAGACUUUAUUUCCUUUGAGGUGUGUUACAUCUGGGAGUACAUGACCGUGUUCCUACCCACAAUCACGCACACAGCUUCAAUAUGGCUGACCACACUGUUAGCGUUGCAGAGAUACAUCUGCGUCUCAUAUCCACUGAACGUGCGACUAUGGUGCGGAAUAAAGCGAACUUAUAUUUUCGCCUUUUUCAUAUUCAUAUUGGCAAUCGGGUGCCAUUUAAGUCGAUUCUUUGAAUAUAAAUACACGAGGACGAGUGUACAGUCUCUGUUGGAUCCCAAUCAAGAAAUCACAACUUGUUUUCGGACACCCUCGGACUUUGUCGACGAAGUAUACGUCGUUGCAUACUCUUGGGUGAGAGCUAUCGCAGUAAACAUCAUACCUUGUGUAGCUAUGAUCGUCUUUAGCACAAUAAUGCUAGUGAGAAUCCGAGUUGCAGAAAAACGGAGACACACUAUUCGACGGAGAAGCACGUUUGGUUCCGGUGAAAAUGAGCCACGUGAUAGCCGUCUGACCACGUGGCUGGUUAUUUUGAUCGUCAACAGCGUCUGUAUUGUAGAGAUGCCUAUUGCCGCCUACUACGUCAUGGUGGCAACAAACCUGACUACGGGAGAAAAUCUAAUCUCGGCGAAUUCUCAUACCAUUGAGAUCGUGUUAAAUUUACUGGUACAGGUUUCCUAUCCUAUCCAUUUCGUACUGUAUUGCACUAUGAGCGAAGGGUUCCGCUUGACGCUUGUCGCCAUGUUUCUAAACAAAUGGCGAAAACUCAGACAAAUUAUCUGUAAGGAGGAUGAAGACAAAUCCGGAAGAACAUCUCGGUCCAUUUCUGUGGUUUCCUCAGUUGACACCAGAAGUGUGAUAUUUAACACAAUAUAAAAUGACGUUAUAGUACAGGUGCUUUCAAUUUCUGAUACAUGUAAUUCGUUCGGCUUUCUUUGAAAAUUCCUGUACUAGUAUUUUGCAAUAUUGAACAGUUUUGAAUCUGAAAAACAUUGUUUCGAUCAAUUAAAAGUUUGAAUAAAGAUUUAGACAUUAACGUCGAAUUCAAAUCAUUUCCAUUUUUUA